CGGUCACACUUAACAAAAUAGAACGCGGAAAACAUUCAACAUUUUUUGAAAGCGUAGCGUCAAUUAACCAAUUUAAUAGUGCGCAAAUAAGAAACAAAGCAUUUUUGCGUUGGCAUUGAGUUUCCAAAAGUGAUUUGGAUCAAUUUGCAAUAUGAGAUGGACCUGCAACAGUUCCUUUCCUUGGAGCGCCAGCAAUUGGAAAAGGAGCGCCAGCGCCUGGCCAACCAAAAUCCUUGCCCCGCCGCCCUGCUAAUGAAUUCCACUGACCCCAAAGUGCAAUGUCGCAGGGCCAAGGAGUUUAAGGAGUCCACGGAGGCCAAUGAACCUGCCACCGAGGCGUCUUCCUUGGCAACCGGCGGCCAAAACGAAGAACUUCACCUGGAAUUGCACCUGGAUGGGGUGGAUGGGGGGGAACUGCCCGAGAAGGAGGCGGUGGAGGAGGUGCUGCACCCCAGUCCCUCGAAAUCGACCAAGGAAUUCGCGAAUCAGCGCCAGCUGCUCGUCGGCAGCGCUCGUCAGUACAAGUCGCCGGAUGCGUCGAUGCGGCGCAAUUUGGAGAACGAGCGACCGCUCAGCGAGAACCGCUUCCCAAUCCGUCGGUCGGAUGAUAUGGAGCAAUGGGUUACGGACACAUUUUAUUCGUACUUUCCCGGCUUUAACAAUGAAAAUCAGAAGCGGCAGAAUUAUUUGCGUGAGCGACAGCGCGAGAACCAGCAGAACUUUCUCAAGCACCAGAUGCUUCAUCCGCCGGUCACCAAGCAUUCGCGACCGGGACAAGUGAGGAAGACAUCCCAACCAGGUGCGGUUCCGGCACAAAACCGCUCCAGCCAAUCCAGCACAAGCACCUCCAAUCACAGCACAACGGAUAAGACUGACUUAGAGUUAAUUGUAAAUAGUAAUCCCAACUAUGUGCCGCCCAAAAUUCGGCCCGGAACGACACGUCAAAAGCUCCUCCACGAUCUGGGACAUGUGGAGCUGUCGAACAUUGUGACUGGGGAUGGCAUCAUGGAGCGGAAUCUGCGGAGUGCCGAGCUGGAAACGGCUCGCAAAAAGGAUUACCAGCGGGAUUUAAUGCAGCAAAUUGAUGAGAAGCGUCGGUCCAUAGAGUUGCUAAGGGAAAAGGAGCGUCGCCAGGAGGCAGCUUUGACCAGACGGCUUGAGGCACAAUUAAAGACAAUACAGUUGGAGGAGCAGUUGGAAAAGGAGCGCCUACGAGCUGAAAGGGCUCGCAUCGACUCGGAACAGAACCGCUUGAUGCGUGAACAGUUGUUGGCCAAGCUGGAACAGGAUGCCCAGUUGCUGCACGCCAAGGGGACCAACAAUCUAGCCGAAACGCCCAGGACAACGCGCACCAAAGGCAAGAGCAACAACGCCAGCAAUAUCAGCACAGAAGGCAACGCCAACAGGGUGUACAAAUACUUCAGUAACUCGGCGCAUCACGAGUACAGACGUGGUCAGCCUCUGCCGCCGGCCGUUGAGCUGGACUUUGAGGUGCCCCAAAUGGCCAAGAUCGAACGCGAGUGCUUCCACCUGUGCGACAAGAUUUGUCCGCUGUGCGAUGAGCCGCUCAAGAGCUACGAGAGUUGCUGUCUGCGUUGCCAGCGGAAAUUGGCUUUAAAAAUGAAACAAAAGGAGCCCAAUAGGAAUGGAGAAACUGGAGAGAAACCAAGCGAUGACUCAGAGGAGGGCAAGGACGAGGAGGAGCAAGAGGAGCGGGAGGAUGAUCAACGGGACGAGUCCAGCCACAACUGCCAGAGCAGCUACGCCCUGGUGUGCCACAAAUGCGAGCGCCUGUACGCCAUGUGCAGCCAGUGCCUGGCCAAGAGCGACGUGUGCCGGGCAUGCCAGCGGGAGCGGAAUGUCUGCAUGAACUGUCGCCGCAAUUUGUGCUCCUUUUGCCUGGAGGAGGUGGCCUGCGGCAGGGACACGGAACGCACGCAUGUCAAUGACACGGAAACCAACAGGGAACCGCCCUUAAACAAUUCCUUUCAAGUUCUCGAACUAAACUAUGCUGUGUCGCCGGCAAAGGAUGCAAAGGCCAGCAAUGUAGCCGAUGUAUCGCCACCUUACUCCGUCAACAUAGCGCGUAAUUCGGUGUUCCAUGCCGACUACAAGGCCACGCCUGUAAAGCCUUCCAUCCUGGAGCAGCUGCCGACAACCUCGGGCAGUGCCAACACCAGUUUCGAUCUGGACAGCGCCGACGAGCAGGCUGUGGAGCGGAUGCGACGCCAAACGGAUCAGCGGCUGUCGCGCUACCUCAAGAACUACGGCGAUCUGGCCACCAAGCAGCACCAGAAAUUGCAGCAGACGGAGUUGCAGCGCAGCAAGAGCGAGUCGCGCAAUCGAGGCACUCAGACGACACCGCAAUCGCUGGCUAGACGGGAUGUGGUUCUCAGGGAGGCGGCUGGCCACAAUCUAUCGAUGCCGCUGCUGCGCGAGAUGCCCAAAAUGACGCGACAGGAGACUGGAGCAGCCCUGGCUGAAAACGGACAGCGAAAGAUGGACAACCUUAAAAAGCGUUGGGAGGUUCCCGCCGUGCAAAAGUUCACCGUUUCAACAACAUCGCCUAAAAUCCUUACCCAAGUGGGUGCCAUAAGAAAACAGCUUCAGGCAGCGCGAUUCUUUGAUGAUGUAGUUGAUCCGGAAGAUUACUGAGGGCAAGUCAACCAUUCGUUUGUUUUUGAAAGCAAAAUGAUUGUGUUGACACCCCCCCUUUUUAUCCGAGCAAAACGAAUUUAAUUCUGUUUGAAGUCUUCACAUUUUAAAACAUUUGCCAUUAUUAUUUCACUUUAACUUCAUUUUGUAAACAACUCAUGUAGUUAUAGCUUUAUAGUAAGCUGAUUCCAAGUGCUUCGGCUGUUUCACUCAGCAACUUUAAUACGUAAGCCAUAAAGUUUGUUAACGUUUAUUGUUCUUUUUUUUUACGGAAAUUUAUUAACUACGAAUGUGUUAAUUAAAAGGAUACAAUUAAA